GCGUGAACCCGACAUUUUGUGCACCGGUCUAAAGUGAAUUUACAAGCUAAAUAAUGACAAAAUACAAGGCAAAUGAACAGGAAUUAUACAACAUAUCUACAUCAUCUAUCGCUACAGUCGAACAAGAUGUCCCAGAAUAUCAAACUAUUACUUUAGCUACCAUAAAAGACGACGAUUACCAAACUCUUGACUUUGCUACCCGAGCGAACGAGCACACAACGAAAUAUAAACUGUCUGCAUGUUGUAAAGUUGUACUGGUCGCAAUGUUCAUCGUAGUAGUUUUAGCUGCCGUGGGUGUUACAGUUGUGUUUCUGAAGGCCAAUGGUGAAGCACCAUCUGACGAUUGGGAGCCAUGGACGGGAUGGUCACAAUGUACCAAGAGUUGUGGCGGAGGUAAUAAAACUAGAUCACGAGUCUGCGUGAACACUUGUGAUGAACAGUACCGGAAUGAGACAACACACUGUAAUACGAAUUGUUGCCCACUUGCAGAAUGGAACCACUGGGGUCCAUGGUCUUUAUGUAACUCUACGUGCGGCCAUCUCUCUAUCAAACACAGACGUCGUACUUGUGGAUCAUUUUGUGAUGGUAUUUGUACUGGUGAAGACAAUGAAGUUAUUAGUUGUCUCAAGGAACCAGUUUGCCCUUCAGAAGUGUGGUCAGCAUGGGAUAGCUGGUCAUCUUGCUCAGUCACAUGUGGUGGUGGAAUAAAAACAAGAGAGCGAACUUGCAGUUCGUGUCCUGAUGUAACAGUGGAAGAUUCGCCUGUAGAUUGUAACACUCAUUGUUGUCCAUCGGCAGGUUGGAACGACUGGGGAUCAUGGUCAGCAUGUAGUGUAUCUUGUCCUGGUGAUGGAGUUCAGCAACGACAACGUACCUGUGAUAGUGUAUGUGGUGGAGAAUGUUCAGAAUCUUCUACAGAUGUACAGAUAUGCUCAGGUCCUAGUGUAUGUCCAGAUUGGAACGACUGGGAAUCAUGGUCAGCGUGUAGUGUAUCCUGUCCUGGUGAUGGAGUUCAGCAACGACAACGUACCUGUGAUAGUGUAUGUGGUGGUGAAUGUUCAGGAUCUUCUACAUAUGUACAGAUAUGCUCAGGUCCUAGUAUUGGAACGACUGGGGAUCAUGGUCGGAAUGCAGUGUAUCUUGUCCUGGUGAUGGAGUUCAGCAACGACAACGUUCCUGUGAUAGUGUAUGUGGUGGUGAAUGUUCAGGAUCUGUCACUGAAACACGGACAUGCUCAGGACCAAUUUCAUGUCCAGGUUGGCUCGCAUGGGGCUCAUGGUCAUCUUGUUCAAGAACUUGUGGAGCCGGUACCAAGACUAGAACCCGUGUAUGUGCUGAAUGCCCAGAAGAACAGACAGAGCCAACAUAUUGUUAUGUUCGUAAAUGUUGUAUACCUGGAAAUGAAAUAA